AAUCAUUCUAGAAAGCGAAAAUUCUAUAUAAGAAUGAUCAAUAAGGGUAUAUCUGAAUAUGCUAGUUAAAUAAAUAUUAUUGUGUUUUGGAUGCAUUUAUCACCGAUAUACUUUGAAAAGUUAUCGACCUUAGGCUAGGAAAAAAGCAUGCAUUGUUAUUUCCACCGCACCUGAUAUUAAAUUACCUGAAAAGGUCUAAUUGUUGUCCCUCGCAAUGAUAGGUUGCUAGAAUUCGUAGUGGAGAGUAGAACGCCCCUUAUGAACUUACGAAGAAUGUAUAAGCCCACCGUCGAUGCGAAUAAAUUUUUUUUAAUUCAAUAUAUUAUCUCGUGAGAUAGCAAAAAAAAGUUAUUAUAUUAUUAAAUAGUUCUAAUAUUAUAUUAGUGAGCUUAAGACUGUCUAUGGCUCACAGUUUAACUUCUCUCUGAUGAACUUUUUUUUGUGUUUUAACUUUCUGAGGUUUAUUAUGAUUGUCUCUGUCCAGUUUUUUUUUCAUUUUCUUGUCUAUGUUUAUCGAAACACAACUGCAUAAAUCUCAAAAUUUUAAGAGGGAAAGAAAAGUCCUAUGACUCAUUCUACAGGCGUCCUUUUUCAACACAAUAGCGCCGGGUAUAGAGACCGUUUUGACCGAGACGAUAAUGAAUUCAAAAGUAGACAACGCGGUGGGAGUGAGGUAGCCAAGAAAAAAUUCGAUCACUACGACAAUCCUCAGAGGGAUGAAGUUGAAUAUCAAAAAGAACGAAAAACCCGCCGUAAAGAAGAGCGUGAGAAUAAAAAGCAGGCACGUAUUGAAGCUCAUCAGCAGUGGGUGGAGAAGCGACGGGAAGCUCGCAAGGCGACUCAACUUUCACGGGGCGAAAAGCGGGAACGUCAAGAGGAGAAAGAAUUUCAUAAAAAUGCAAACAAGGCAUUUCACACAAAACCUCGCAAGGAGGUAUCUGUGGAGACUGCGGAGAGGCCAUCCCAUGAUUCGAUUUCUCUGCAAAGCAUCAAACCAACAGUGAAGGCUACGAAGAAGCCCUCUUCAGGGCGUAGUCACACGGCCGAAAAGAUCCCAAUCCUCAUCCCGAAACCCGAAAAGACGACUCACUCCCAAAGUGCGGACCAAACGAACGUGUGCGGGCGUCGGGGCUCCAAAGGGAAAACCCCCAAGGCGGAUCCACUAAACCCACAAACCCCGCGAUCUACUUGUCGUUCUCAUAAGAAUACCAUUCAUACCAGUGCUAAUGCUGUUAAAGCUAAUAAGUCCAGCACGAAUAACACUGAUUCACUUUCUUCUGGGCGUCCUUUGGGGUUUCGUGCGGAGGCGUCAAAUGUGCCGCCGGAGGUCCUCCAGCGUACGCGUCGUUGUAUCAACAAAAUCACGAUGGGGAACGUUGUGGCUCUUGCAAGAGAAAUCUCCGAUUUGUUUACCACUUCCACAAUCGUCGGGGCUUCCCGAGCGGCCGUUCUGGGGGGGUUACUCGAGCAAAUCAAUCAUCUUUGCCUGAUGGAUACGGGGCUUCUCACGCAAACGGGGGCACUUCCUUUAGCGGGUCUUUUGCGUGGUCUUCAGCUUUUCCACGGCUCCCAUGUCGGUGCGGAGCUGAUCGAGCGAUUAUGCUUUUUCCUCCAAACACACCUCGACGAGGCUACUGAACAUGCCGCAAGUAAUCUUGCGAUGGUGUUGGCUUAUCUCUAUCUUCUGUACGGUGUGGAUGCGCGGUUGAUGGUUUCUUUGCUCACUGCAUUAUUUCGCCAAAUCGCACGUCUGAAAGAACAUCUCUCGAGCAUCACGAGCGCGGCGGAUUUGGUCGUUCGGAGAGCGCUGGGGGUAGCAUCGUGCGGGCUGGCUGUGCUUCGAAUUUGCGGUGGGAAGCUUCUGAAGGAGGUCCCACAGGAGAUUGAUCUCGCCCUUCGGGAGGCCAAACGCAGCAUUGAGGAACUCAAUAAUGAGAAAACUCCGUUUAGUUUGGUUCGUUUUACUGUUCUUGUCGAUGUGAUGGGGGAUAUCGUGUCGGGAAAGCUGCAAAAAGGCCGCCGGGCGCUCACUGAGGCCGAAGCCCCGGUUGAGGCGAUGCUCGACGACCUCUGCGCGAUCCUUGGGGAGGCUUCUUCGAAGAAUAAAGGUAGUGGUAGUAGCGGGUCCUUGACAAAAAGAACGCAACGGCGAAUUAUUCAAACUUCAUGUACGUUAACUGGCGUGAGCUGGGAGUUAGUGCUACAGUCCGAUAAGCCACCGAGGUGGUACGCCGCCGCUGUGGCGUUUCAGUCUUCUGCAGAGAAAAGCACCUGUAAUCCAGAAAGGAAGGCCAAAUCCAGGACCAAUUGUAAUAGCAAGGAAGAGGAGGAAAAUUCGCGGGAGAAUUCGUUAAGCAGCGCAUCCUCCUCCAUCUCCUCCGCGGCAUCGUCAGGUGAUGAUGAGUUUGCGCAGAAGCAGGCCACCAUUCGAAAACUACGACAGGAGGAAAAGGCAAUUGCGGGGCAGCGCUUUAAUACGGAGCAUAAACGAGAAAUCUUCAAAGCUGUUGUCGCCGCCGCUGAUGAUUUGGAGUGUUUUAGUCUUCUUAUACACCGCGAUCCGAGCUACAGCCGCUUUCACGACGUUUGUGCUACUCUUAUUCAGUGUUGUUGUCAGGAAACGCGUUAUAAUCCUUAUUAUGCAAGUAUACUUGAGCGUUUUUGCAAUUCAAAGACUUCAUGUCAGCGAAAAUUGCAGUUCGUGCUGUGGGAUCGAUUUAAGGGCAUACGUAUCGAGCCUGUGAACGUGGUGACAUAUCUAAAUCUUGCCUGUUUGAUAACGUCCCUUUUGGAGCACGGGAUAUUCACGUUAAGCGUGCUGCGAGGGCUUGAUAUUGAGAAUACGAAUAAAACGAUCGGCCUUUUCACGCGUGUGCUUAUCCUCCGUAUGUUAGUGCAGUUGCCACCAAACAGGCUAACAGAGUUGUUUUUCGGUGGCGAUGGGAUUCAUGUUCACGAUUUAAACACCGAUACGACUAAUUUUCGAGGGUCUUUAAAGAAAUUUAUUGAGCGGUAUUUCGUUGAUGAGGCCAUGGCAAAUAAGUGGCUGCCAGCAUUUUUUGAUGUCGUAGCUGCCGGAACUUCGCUAGACGUGCAUGCGAUUUCAGAAUCGGCAAAUGACGAUCGAAAGGGCCACUAUAAACUAGAAGAGGAAGCACAAAAGUUGGAAUCAGCUAAAAGCGCGCAAAAAUUUCUGGAGUUUAUGAAGCGCAUUCGCAUCUCUUUCAAGGCGUUGAAGCAAGGGAUCUCCUAA